GCUUGCAAUGCUCGAAUGCAUGUCGUGUUUUAUUCUUCAUAAAUAGUAUUAUACACAAAAGUUAUGUCUGAUUCGUCUGAGGAUGAAGACCUUUCGAGGUUCCAAGAAGCUGUUGAUACUUCAUUCACUAAACUCAUCAAUGAAACCCGCGGUAUUCCUCAAAAAGAAGAAAAGAAGUCAGUUUCUGAGAGGUAUUUGGAAACCCCCAGCCAUUACAAUGAUGUGAAGGUGCCAGAGAAAAUGCAGAAACAAAUAGGUGUGAAGAUCUCCAAGAUUAUUGAAAAGAAUGUUGAAUUCGUAGACAUGGAGGCAAAUGGAGUGAAAAAACGUAAGAUCAAAGGCGGAGUGAAGCUAUUCUCAAAUUCAGUAGACUUCCUCUCGCCAGAGGCUGCAGUAGACACGUACGCUGAGACGCACAAUGCACAGUCUAGGGAAAUGAUGAAAAAGAAGCGGCGGCUUGAAGAACGCGGAGAUGAGAAUGAUAAAAUUGCAGCAGCGGCAGUAUCAGGCGAGUAUAUUUUAUCCAAAGAAGAAACGAAAUGCUGGAAGUCGCGGCGAAAAGAGAAACUAUUCAAAUACAAAUCUCAAAAAAACAGUAAAGUUUUAACUGCUAUUGAUUAGUUACUAAAAUAAAACAAAAGAGUAAA